UUGAGGGCAUCAAGAGGACUCUUGCUUACUCGUUGUAUCAGUGCAUCGUGGAGAUGGCUUACAUACCACCGCACAUGCGCAAGAAAAGCUUAUCGAAAGCGCCCACAGAUCCAGCGAUCGACGAGUACACAGUCGAUGAAAUACAAACGCAUUAUUGGUGCAAUGCACGAGCAGAAGACGUAAACCGGGACACUUUGUUUCCGAGACACAGUACACUCAACGACUCCGUGGAAUGUCAAGGUUCACUGAGCCACGUAAUUCUGUUUCAAGGGGCCAAUCCGAAAUGGGAGUCGGACAGAAUUAUCUUUGUCAAGUCCAACCUGGAGAUGCUCCCACAGUAUCACGAGGCAAAAGCAAAGCGCAUUUCUAGGACGGCGCUGGAAGGUUCAGAGACAGCCGGAAUCCCGGAGAAGUCGCCAACUCCUCGGGGUGCAUUUGAGGGGACGCACAAAUCCGAGUCGAGAUUCGAUCUUGGCGAGGAUGAUCCAAUAGAUAUUGUGCCGCGAGAUCAGAUGAAGAUUGCCUGUUUUGAGCAAAGGCAAUGGGCAAGGCGUUUUGAAGGCUUCAUAUUCACAGGCUAUUUCACAAUUCAAAGCAUCACUCUCCUUGCUCCCUACUCCAAAGCUCUCGUGCAAAUGUUGGAGCAAAAGUGGUCACUCACGGCCAAGGAAGGCGUUGUCCACACCAAAAAACGCCGGCCUGAAGAUUGGAACAAAAGUCUGAGCUACGAAUGGGCAGUGGUCAAGUUCGCAAAGUUGGAGGGUGAGAACGUUCCGCCGCCGCCAAAUAUCGAGAAGCUCCCGACGCAGAAGAGAAAGUCAUCGGGGCCAGAGAAAUCUGUCAAUGAGAUGCUUUCAGAGAUGCGACUGGGCAAAAGCAAUCACAACUACAAAGAAAGUUCAAGCAAGAAUGAAUAUCACUGAACAGAAGGAAGCUUAGGGACGAGCAAUGCCCGCUGAGCAGAGUGUUGAUUAGUUCAUCUUCGAACUGAUACGAAAAGCUGAGUAUGACUUGCCAUCAUCUUCAAUACGUUGCAAAAGACGAUUAGGCCGCACCCAACUGGCUUCGCUUCACAAAUUGAUACAAGCCUAUGCAAGAACGAGCGUUGCGCGAUCAUCUCAUCCCUCGCUCACGUACAUUCUCA